GCUUCCAGCUCUGCAUAACCGCUCAGUUAUCUCAGGAAAGGGGUGGCCUAGAUUCUAGAGUCUUGUUCAUUGACACCAGGAACGGUUUCUCUGCUCGUCGUCUCCAGGAUAAAUAUUCUAUCACCUGACAAUGGGAAUUCGAGGGCUAACAACCUACAUAGCCAACCGAUCUGAGUAUUUUUUCGAACCUCACGAAUUGCAAAACACGUACCUGGUGAUAGACGGUUGGAGUUUGAGCUCUCAGAUCUACUGUAAAAUAGCCAGAUGCAACUGCACCUUUGGUGGUGACUACGAUCAGUUUUCCCAAAGUGUGACCCAGUUCUUCCAGGAUCUCCUGCGCUGCCAGGUGAUCCCAAUUGUCCUCCUCGAUGGUGGUUGGGAGAACAAAAAAAAAUUAACGGUUUAUAAACGUGCUCGUGAGAGAUUGUCGGCAGCUUCAAACUUCAGUCCUGCAGUGCAGAAUACAUUGAAGUAUUUUCCGUUGAUGCAGCCGGAUGUCUUCAGGGAUGUUCUCGUCACACUGGGAAUUAAAUUCGUAAUGUGUCCCUUCGAAGCUGACGAGUGUAUCGCAGCUGUCGCCAGGAUUCUGAAAGCACCUGUUCUGAGCUAUGAUUCGGAUUUUUAUAUUUAUGGAGUGGAGUACAUUCCUUUCACGACUCUGGACCCUUUCGUCAUCAAGAAAAAAUCAGGAUACGCUAAGAGAUGUAAAAUAUAUCGAGUGGAGAAGCUUCUGAACAAAUUCCGAGGCUUGGACGUGAGCCUCCUACCUUUGGCCUCAAUCCUACUGGGAAAUGACUACAUUAAACGAAGUACCUUUAAGGAUUUCUUUAGAAAAUUCAAGUUGAAGAAGAGUAAAACCCAGAAUGAACAACAGAGAAGGAUUCAGACGAUUUUCAACUGGCUUAGACAUUAUUCCCUGAACUCAGCAGUUGCUGCGGUUUUAAAGAGAUUGAAGAAAAAUCAGAGGAAAAGGGUUCUAUACUCGAUUGAACUGAUUAUUAAUGGAUAUUCGACACUGGCAACAUACAUGAUGGAGCCUCUGGGACUAACUGAGACAUGUGCAUCAGCCAUCAGAGAGAAUAAAAGCAAGGCUUUCAGAUUCCAAGGGGAUCUUGAUAAGCUGGACGAGAUGACAGACGAAGUCGAUGAUGAAGAGACUGAAGAUGAAGAUGAAGAGGAGAUUGAGGAGGUUGAUGAGAUAGAAGAGGAGCCUGAUCCACUUGCAUCUGAAAAGUUCACAUCGUCUGUACCGGAAUGGUUUAUCAAGAGCCACUUGGCCGGCAACUUUCCCACCUACUUCAUCAACAUGCUGACACACAAUUUCUAUAUUCUCACUCCACAGAUCGAGGACUUUACUCAACCCUCCUCCCAUGAGAUCAGUGUUCCGAUCAUCACAAAGAUCUUCAGUUUUUUGUCUUCCUCCAAGGGAGAAGAGAAUAUUCUACAGUUGCUUGUGAGAGAGCGAAAUCAAUUUGCCAAACGAUUCAUCGCGGUUCCAAGGGCACCAGUGCCACUUCAAGAUCUCAGAGAAGUCUCCUCGUUAGAGAGAAGAAAAAUCAUCGAUGAAGUCUUGGGAAUAUCACAAGGUCAAUUGGAUGAUUGUCCAGAGGGCUGGAGAUUGUAUUUAGGUUCGGUGAUCUACUGGAUGAGGCAUGAAGCUCUUCCGGAAAGGAACAAUAUUCAUCUGAAUUGUGUGGUUGCAUCCAUGCUGUUCAGCAUUAUUGAUGACAGAAUUGGUUUUAGGAGAUCAAAGAAGGCCUUUGAAAGGAUGUUCUCUGAGGAGUUUGAGAGGAUUAGAAAUGAGAAGAGGCAGCAGAGUGAGGUAAUUAAGCAAGGAGAUGAUGACUGCAGUUUGAGAGAGGCUAUUGAUGUAGUUGAUAAGGAGGACUGCAUUGUGGCUGCACAGUUCUAUGUCAGCCAUUUCGAAAUGGACGAAAGACUGCGGUCUUUACCAAGAAAGUUUUGCAUUGAAAUUGUACAUGGAUUCGCGCAGUUGCAGAGUUGUUUGAGACAUUUGAUGCAUUUAAAUGCACUUUUAGGAUAUCCAUAUGUACAUCCACGUCCUGCUGAGUUGUUUAAUGGAACUCUCUUGUAUAAUUUGUAUGCAAAUUUGGCGAAAAGAAAUGAUGCGCAGGUUUAUCUGGAGGGAAAACUGCAGAACGCUCCUAGACUUUUCAGGGUCUUUCAAGGGCUAUAUAAAAUUGUUGAGAAUUGUUUGGGAGAGAUUAGGGAAGAGAAGAUCAAGAGCAAGAGGAAGCGAACUAGAAAUAGAAAGAGAGAGAGACCAGAUUCGGAUAAUGAAUUUUUUAGUGUUGAUAGCGAUCUGGAGAGCUCCGAGAUGGGGCUUUUUUAUGAUCCUAGAAAUCCUUUUUCUGUACUUGCUGCGUCUUAAAGAUAUAUGAGAGGCACUCGUAAUAGAAGCACCAGUUUUUUGUGCCUCUUGUUUGAUAAUUCUGAGCCCUAUAUUUAUGUGUGGAAUGGAGGCUAAUUGUGUAAAUUGUUUAUUUUUUCAAUGAAUAAACUGUAAAUUUAUAAGUAUAA